GUACAUUGUGACUCCUCCUGGAAAGCAGUGAUGCUGAAAUCUGCCAGGGCUGGAUCAGCUCAGUCCCGUGUAGUGCUUCUGCCAGCUGGCAGUGCAGAAGAGCUCUGCUUUCCCUGCCUCCUCCUCCUCCUCCUCUGCAGCGUGAAAACCUCCACAUGCUGUGUUUUCAUGAAAGCCUCAAACCAGCUGAGAGUACAGCUUUCUAACCUGUGUGAGUGAGCUGGAGUCUGGGAAGGAUUCACCUGUCUGCUAACUGAAUUUACAAAGGCUGAAAGUCCAGGUACUUUCAGGUGAGUGGAGGACAGGACAGCAAUGGGACUGUGACUACAUGGAGAAUGUGCUCUGGGGCUACAGCUCAUCCACGCUCUGCUCCACUCCCCCUGUUGCAGGGAACCAUGGAGAACAUGUGCUGAGAUCAAGUGCCAGGCAGGAGCAGCAGCGGGCUAAUGAAGAUGGAGAAUGACACAGGGGAUGAGCAGAACCACACCGGGCUUCCGCUGUCAAGCCAGGAGAUCAUUACAGCUGAAUACCAAGUGGUUACCAUCCUCUUGGUCCUCCUCAUUUGCGGACUGGGCAUCGUGGGCAACAUCAUGGUGGUUUUGGUUGUCCUCAGAACCAAACACAUGAGAACUCCCACUAACUGCUACCUGGUGAGUCUGGCUGUGGCAGAUCUCAUGGUGCUUGUGGCUGCAGGACUCCCCAAUAUCACAGAAAGUCUGUACAGAUCCUGGGUAUAUGGCUAUGUGGGGUGUCUCUGCAUCACUUAUCUCCAGUACCUAGGGAUCAAUGCUUCUUCUUUUUCCAUCACUGCUUUCACUGUCGAGAGAUACAUAGCUAUCUGCCACCCAAUCAAAGCUCAGUUCCUAUGCACUUUUUCAAGAGCCAAAAAGAUCAUUAUUUUUGUCUGGGCUUUCACCUCCAUAUACUGUAUGCUCUGGUUUUUCCUGCUAGACCUCAAUACAGUAGUCUACAAAGACACCACUGUUGUCUCUUGCGGCUACAAGGUGUCCAGGAGCUAUUACUCUCCUAUCUACAUGAUGGACUUUGGUAUAUUUUAUGUUUUGCCAAUGGUAUUGGCGACUGUCCUCUAUGGCCUGAUUGCUAGAAUACUGUUCCUGAACCCCAUCCCUUCGGACCCAAAAGAACACUCUAAGGCAUGGAGGAAUGACGUGGCUCACCAAAACAAGCCUGUGAAUUCCAAGAUGACUAACAGGAGUUUCAAUAGCACUAUUGCUUCUAGAAGGCAGGUCACCAAGAUGCUGGCUGUGGUGGUCGUCCUAUUUGCAUUUCUGUGGAUGCCCUACCGAACACUGGUGGUCGUCAACUCCUUUCUCUCUAGCCCUUUCCAAGAAAACUGGUUCCUGCUAUUUUGCAGAAUCUGUAUUUAUUUAAACAGUGCCAUCAAUCCUGUAAUUUACAAUCUCAUGUCCCAGAAAUUCAGAGCAGCCUUCAGGAAACUCUGCAACUGCCAGCAGAAGCGGGACAAAAAACCUGCCAGUUACAGUGUGGCCCUAAAUUAUAAUGUCAUCAAAGAGUCUGAUCACUUCAGCACUGAACUAGAAGAUAUUACUGUCACCAAUACCUAUCUCUCCUCUGCGAAAACAUCUAUUGGUGACACGUGUUUGUCGUCCGGGGUAACAGAUAAUGCCUUUUGAUAUUUGGUAUGUAUUCCUCAUGAAGCAGAGCAUGUUGAUGUGCAGUAGGUGGUGCUGGGAUAGCUUUCAGGUGAGGCAGAGAAGCUAAGGCCAAGCAGGGUAAGGUUGGUGGUGACGAAUGAUGCAUCACAAAAUGGGGCACUGUCACUGCACUGUGGGGAGGGAGAACUGCUCAGGUC